AUGGCCCCGACCUCGACAUCAACCCGAGGUCACGUACUACCCUACAAUAUUCUAGUUGUACUACCGGCAAAGGAAUCAAACAACGACAAAUUCGGUUUGACCAUUGAACGAGCUCGACCUGUCAUCGACAUUGCCGUUGAAGAUGUGGUCAGAUCGGGUCGGAUGCCUCCCGGUUGGGUAAAUCUUACCUUCUGGGACGAUCGCUACUGGGAAGACACGAACUUGGCUGAACGUUACGCUACCGUCGGUAUGGUUCAAGCGUACUGCGAACGUCGUCUGGACGCCAUCUUAGGGUUCGCGGACAGCUAUGGCCUAGCAACUGUCACCAAGGUCUCCGCGGGGUUGAACGGCGGCGUCCCGGUGCUUACCACAGCCGGUAUGCCAUCCGUGUUGAACCUGAAGAAAACCUAUCCGUUCCUGACCAGAAUGCAAGGCUCGUAUCGUCAGCUGGCCGUGUCCAUGUACCAGCUGGUAGCCUACCAAAACCCGGCGGAGGAAGGUCCACCAUGCCUCAUCACCCUCCCCGAAAUGCUUCGUCUAUUUGCCUGA